AUGCCCAACAGCAGCCUGGCCCUGAGCAGCCUGGACGGGAUCUACAUUGGCACCGAGUGCCUGCUGGCGCUGUGCGCCACGCUGGGCAACGCCCUGGUGAUCUGGGCAGCGCGGCUGAACGCGGCUUUCCACAACACCACGCUCUAUUUCAUCGCCUCCCUGGCGCUGGCCGACGCUGCCAUGGGGCUGCUGGUGAUGCCCCUGGCCAUCGUGGUGAGCCUGGGCAUGGCCAUGCCCACCUACGGCUGCCUCUUCGUGUGCUGCCUGAUGCUGGUGUUCAGCAACGCCUCCAUCCUGUCCCUGCUGGCCAUCGCCAUCGACAGGUACCUGCGCGUCAAGCUGCCCACCAGAUAUAAAACAAUCACCACAGAGAGGAGAGUUUGGUGGGCCCUGGGGCUGUGCUGGUGCCUGUCCCUGCUGGGAGGGCUGGUGCCCAUGUUCGGCUGGAACAAGGCAGGCCCCAGGAGCUCCAGCUUCCUCCGCUGCAGGUUCAUCUCCGUGAUGAGGAUGGAUUACAUGGUGUAUUUCUGCUUCUUCCUGUGGACCCUCGUGCCCUUGCUCAUCAUGUGUGUUCUGUAUGCCGAGGUCUUCUACAUCGUCCGCACCAAGCUCAGCCAAGGAGUCAGAGGGGCUGGGGCUUUCUACGGCCACGAGUUCAGGACAGCCAAGUCUCUUGCCCUUGUCCUGCUCCUGUUUGCAAUCUCCUGGCUGCCUCUGUGCACUAUAAACUGUGUUUUCUAUUUUCACCCUGACUCUCAGAUCCCCCCAUAUUUGAUUUACUUGGCGAUCCUCUUAUCCCAUGCCAACUCUGUCAUGAACCCCAUUGUCUAUGCCUACAAGAUAAAGAAGUUCAGAACCACGUACCUUUUCAUUUUAAGGACUUACAUCCUGUGCAAAAAACCAGAGCCAGCCCUUGCAGAGCAAACAACAGACCCAGAGUCAUAA